AGGAAGCGGACACAGCACCCAUUUUGAUUUGGCACAUUAUCACCUCCCCUCUGGUCUGAUUGGAUAAUAGUCUGAGCUCAGUCUAACACCAUGCAUCUGCCACUCCUGCUGCUGUCUUUCUAUACUCUUUCAACUCAAGGAUCAAACCCCUGCAACAAUGUUGCUCACGCCUUCUAUAGGAAACUUAAAUGUCAACCAGAGAUGGAGGCUUCCUCUUCCUGCCCAGGAAGCUACAAAUGUGAUAAUCUUUUAAAAAGAGAUCCAAACUCAUGUUACCUUUUUGGCAACCAGUAUCCAAUCAACACGACUGUAACCAGAGGUAAAGUUGAUUUUGAGACACCCUGUAUAGAAGCCUGCACUUGCAAGAAAACUGAAGAAGGGGCAAAGUUUGUCUGCAGACUGGGUAAGGGUGCCAACAACUGUGAGCCCUUGCCUCAAGAAUGUCGAAGACACAUGUUUGAAGAAAGCCUCUCCUGCUGCAAGAAGAGUUUUGUCACUUGUGACAAAGUUUCUGACCCAACCCACCGCAAAGAAGUAAGGUGUUCGUACAACAACAAAACUUACAAAGAGGGCGAGAGGUUUUUCCCGACAAGUGACGUGACUUGUACGCAAUGCAUCUGCGCAGAGGGUUUUAAUGGAAGUAUUGCCUCUCCGUUCUGCGCCCCCAUGGACUGUCCCCUAGAGCUGUGGGGAGACACACCCUACUCCCUCACUAAAGGUUGCAUCCCUGUCUAUCUCAGUGCUCAGGGCUGCUGUCCUGUCAUGUUUAGAUGUCCUAAUUCUACUGAUUCUGUUAUAAAAGCAGACAAACCAUCUGACAAGAAAGACCUGUCCUGCAAGUUUGGAGAGUUAUUGAUGCAUGUGGGAGAUUGUCUCUCCCAAUGGUCUGAAGUGUCAGACGUUGAGUGUCGCUGUGACAUCCCCCCGGUCCCAGUCUGCGUCAAAACAAACUCCGUGAUCACAGCCGACAUCAUUCAGAUGAUCAACCACAACCAUGAAUACACCAGAGGGGACGGACACUUCGAUUGAUCAUCCCACUGUUUUAUUUUCCCUCAAGGAAUGUUCCAUUAUCUCUUUAAUAAAGACUUUUGUACAAUA